GACUGCGCCACCCCCACCGAGCGGGACCAGCGCCACCACUCCGGAUCUCCGCCGCCCCGCGGCAACCAAACCGCGCCAACUGCCGCCGCCGCGGCUACUCCGGGCUCGCCCGCGGAGUUUGCCCGCCGAAGAGGGAGGCCGAGCGGCGCGCACUCUUGCUUUUCUCCCCGCUAUCUCGUUGAUGUCAUCCCCGGGGUCGUGAGAGAACUUUGCAGCCGGCCGGAGCGCCGUUUGCGGAGGCGCAAGCGAAGAGAAGGAAAGAAAGAGGAUCGAAGAAGGGGCUCGGAGGAACGGUCCGGAGCAGCCGUGCGGAGCGACUACGAGCAGGGCGCGGCGCCCGGAUGCGCCUGGGGCUCGAGGAGCAGCGGACGGCUGCGGGGCUGCUCUCCGCGGAGUAGCCCCGUCGGGCCGGGAGGGUUUGUGCAAGCGCAGAGAACACCGAGUGCCGGGCGCACGGGGCGUGCCGAGCCUCCUCCCGGCGCACCCUCCGCACUUUCCCCGCCUCGGCGUCAUCCCGCGCUCCCCGGGCUGUGCUGAGGCUGCGGAGCGCAGGGCGCGGAGCCUCCACCGCGCCCCCGGCGUCGUUCCACGCCGCCUCUAGGCAGCUAGCAAGCGCCCGGCCAACGGCGUAGCCAGUGGUCGGCCACGAUAGUCUCUGGGUUUGUUUGUGUGGGGUAAGCCGGGGCGCCACCUGCACCUCGCCCGCUGCCGCCGCCGCGGGGAAAAUCCAGAGAGGAGACGGACCAGGAGAAAAGCAAAGAAAAGCCACACGCCUGGAUUUGUUUGCCCAGGACGGGCGCCGCGCGCUCGGAUCGCCGAGGGGAGCGCGGCCGAAGUCGCCGAGCCCCCACCUCCCCGCCCCGGCAGUCGAGGCCCGAGGGUUGGAACGCGGCCCCUGUGCCUACUCUUCGGGCGCCAGCGUCGCCGCGCAGGUUCUUGGAGCUGCCGGGCCUAGGGGGCCCGUGAUGUGGCCCUGAGCGCUCCCGGGAGCCCGCACCGGCGGGAGCAGGAGCAGCCGCUGGCGCCGAGUGGCCGGUGCGCCCCGCCGAGCGCGCCUGCUUGCGUGGCCAGGGCGCCCCCCGCCCCUUGCGUGUCCCGCUUCUGCCUGCCUUCUCGGCUUAAUUUUUCUCGGCGGGAUUAAAGUUGGAAAUUGAGCGGAGAAUUCAGUUGCCCGGGAACAGAGCCGCGGCCGCCGCCAGAGCUAUGUUCCCGCAGAGCCGGCACCCGACGCCGCACCAGGCUGCAGGCCAGCCCUUCAAGUUCACGAUCCCGGAGUCAUUGGACCGGAUCAAGGAGGAGUUCCAGUUCCUGCAGGCACAGUAUCACAGCCUUAAAUUGGAAUGUGAGAAGCUGGCAAGUGAAAAGACAGAAAUGCAGAGACACUAUGUGAUGUAUUAUGAAAUGUCAUAUGGAUUAAACAUUGAAAUGCACAAACAGACUGAAAUCGCCAAGAGAUUGAACACGAUUUGUGCACAAGUCAUCCCAUUUCUGUCUCAGGAACAUCAACAACAGGUGGCCCAGGCCGUUGAACGUGCCAAGCAGGUGACCAUGGCAGAGUUGAAUGCCAUCAUCGGGCAGCAGCAGUUACAAGCUCAGCAUCUCUCUCAUGGCCAUGGACCCCCAGUACCCCUCACACCUCACCCUUCGGGACUUCAGCCUCCUGGAAUCCCGCCACUCGGGGGCAGCGCCGGCCUACUGGCGCUGUCCAGUGCCCUGAGUGGGCAGUCUCACUUGGCAAUAAAAGAUGACAAGAAGCACCAUGAUGCAGAGCACCACAGAGACAGAGAACCGGGCACAAGUAAUUCUCUCUUGGUACCAGACAGUCUAAGAGGUGCAGAUAAACGCAGAAACGGGCCUGAAUUUUCCAACGACAUCAAAAAAAGAAAGGUGGAUGAUAAGGACUCCAGCCACUAUGAUAGUGAUGGUGACAAAAGUGAUGACAACUUGGUUGUGGAUGUGUCUAAUGAGGACCCUUCUUCUCCACGAGCAAGCCCAGCCCAUUCACCCCGGGAAAAUGGAAUUGACAAAAACCGCCUGCUAAAGAAAGAUGCUUCCAGCAGCCCAGCGUCCACGGCCUCCUCGGGAAGUUCUGCUUCUUUGAAAUCCAAAGAAAUGACCUUGCAUGAAAAAGCCAGCACGCCUGUUCUGAAAUCCAGCACACCGACUCCACGCAGCGACAUGCCAACGCCGGGCACCAGCGCCACUCCAGGACUCCGUCCAGGCCUCGGCAAACCUCCAGCCAUGGACCCCCUCGUUAACCAAGCUGGAUUGGGUUUUCAUUUGGAAUUGGUACCAGGGAAUGGAAAGUUCGGACUAAAGGAGAAAUCUUGGAUUUUAUCAAGAAAAUCUUCUUUUGAGAUUAAGUCAGCAGCCGGUUUGAGGACGCCCCUGGCAGUGCCUGGCCCGUACCCUGCUCCGUUUGGAAUGGUCCCUCAUGCUGGCAUGAACGGCGAGCUGACCAGCCCGGGCGCCGCUUACGCAAGUUUGCACAACAUGUCUCCCCAGAUGAGUGCUGCUGCAGCUGCCGCUGCCGUGGUAGCCUAUGGGCGCUCCCCGAUGGUUGGGUUCGAUCCUCCCCCUCACAUGAGAGUACCUACCAUUCCCCCAAACCUGGCAGGAAUUCCUGGGGGGAAACCUGCAUACUCCUUCCACGUCACUGCAGACGGUCAGAUGCAGCCUGUCCCCUUCCCCCCUGAUGCCCUCAUUGGACCUGGAAUCCCCCGGCAUGCUCGCCAGAUCAACACGCUGAACCACGGGGAGGUGGUGUGCGCCGUGACCAUCAGCAACCCCACGCGGCACGUGUACACGGGUGGGAAGGGCUGCGUCAAGGUCUGGGACAUCAGCCAACCUGGCAACAAGAGUCCUGUCUCCCAGCUCGACUGCCUGAAUAGAGAUAAUUAUAUCCGUUCCUGUAAAUUGCUCCCUGAUGGCUGCACCCUAAUUGUUGGAGGGGAAGCCAGUACUCUAUCCAUUUGGGACCUGGCGGCUCCGACUCCGCGAAUCAAGGCGGAGUUGACGUCCUCAGCUCCUGCCUGCUACGCCCUGGCCAUCAGCCCCGACUCCAAGGUCUGCUUCUCGUGCUGCAGCGAUGGCAACAUCGCAGUGUGGGACCUGCACAACCAGACACUGGUGAGGCAAUUCCAGGGCCACACAGACGGAGCCAGCUGUAUUGACAUUUCUAACGAUGGCACCAAGCUCUGGACUGGCGGUUUGGACAACACGGUCAGAUCCUGGGACCUGCGAGAGGGGCGGCAGCUCCAGCAGCAUGACUUCACGUCCCAGAUCUUCUCGCUCGGGUACUGCCCCACUGGAGAAUGGCUGGCCGUGGGCAUGGAGAGCAGCAACGUGGAGGUUCUGCACGUCAAUAAGCCAGACAAGUAUCAGCUGCAUCUCCACGAGAGCUGUGUGCUGUCCCUAAAAUUUGCUUAUUGUGGUAAAUGGUUUGUGAGUACUGGAAAAGACAACCUCCUCAAUGCUUGGCGGACCCCCUACGGAGCCAGUAUAUUCCAGUCCAAAGAGUCCUCGUCAGUGCUUAGCUGUGACAUCUCUGUGGAUGACAAGUACAUAGUCACUGGCUCAGGGGACAAGAAGGCUACAGUCUAUGAAGUCAUCUACUGAAAACAUAAUGUGGUUUAACGUUUAUAGUUGAAUUGGGCCAAAAUGUUUUGAAUUUGUAGAAAUAGAAACGUUGUAACUUUAAAAAGGAAAACAAAAACCUGUUUCCGAGUCUUGACACAAAACUGCUUGGAGUCUGCAAAAAGGAGGCGACAAGUCCAUCAACAGAAGGUCACCUAGCUACCUAGACCAAGUGGAGCACCGAGGCAGAGUGGACAGAGGAGCCGAGGGUGAUAGGACUGAGGAACAGAAUCUGCUGGCCCGCCUUAGAGCCCCUUACUUCCUUUCUGUGUGAUCUGCCGUUCGCGCGUUGCCUGAGCGUGAGAUUACCUUCCUGUUCCUUGCAGUUCACCUCUCGUUUCGCCCUUUCUAGACCAGUGGUGUCUCCAGUGAACUUGUUCCCUGGUUUUGCAUCUUGUGAAAUGUUUUUUUGUAUUUUUGUUGAAGGUUAAACAUUUGUAUAAAUUGUAAAUAUAUUUGGUUUAUUACAGUAAAGGCUUUAGUACCAAUAAUUGGUUUUUCUUUUUCUUUAUGGUUUUUGUGAAAGCUCUGGUAUUGUUGGUGUGGGUUUUAUAAGCAAAGCCCAAACAUUUGUAGAGGAAGUUUUACAGUGAGCUCCUUACUUUAUGUUUGUGGACGUGGACUCCCGCUCACUGCACUGGAACCUAACCUAUCAAACCCGUCUGGGUUACCAGAAGCGUGACACUAGGAAUUGUGAUCAGCUGAAGCUGUAUUAACGGCAGCUUUAUUUGGGAAGCUAAAAUUACGUCACCAAGAUUCAUUCUUUUGUUACGAUGUUCUUGUGGUUCAAGGUCACGAAUUCAAGCUUGACUUUUUCCCUGGCAAUUCAUUGGAAGACUGCAUAUUAUUUUCUCUAGAAGUCCUGAUCCUUUCAAAUCUAUAGUCUGUCUCUUCACAAGCCUCACAUUUCCCAAAAUUGAGGUGACUUAGGCUUUGUGUUAAGAUGUAUAAUACACACAAAGCUGUAGAAUUCAUUAACCUGUAAAAGAAAGGCGAGAAGUCAGCUAGUUGUGUCUUCAUUAAUACUUAUUUGAUCCAUUAUAUUAAUUUACUUAAGCCUAUCAUACCCAGCAGUUAGCCCCAUCUCUCAUUAAGCUUUCCCUGUAGCUACAGCCAUUGCGUUCUCUCAUUAGUCUUUGGUCUUUAUUUUUGUGGACAAGUAUUUGCUAAUUUGGUGGUUAGAUGAGAUCUGUAACCCUGGGCUUUUAAUAAGUCACCAUACAUGUUUCCUCUUGAAAAGGCUAUGUGACUCAUUCUUUAUAUACCUAUCGUAUACUGUUAAUAGUUUAGAAAAUGUUAAUAACAUUAAGCCAAGUGUCCUGGCUAUUUAAAAAUAGCGCUUAAGUAAUUUUUAAUACUCUUGUUUUCUUAUGAUCCGGCAAGUUGUUGACAGUUUGUCUU